UCCAAGCCGAGCAAGGCUGUGUGUGACCGGGGGAGAAGCGCCGCUCCUGUCCGCUCUCUGAUCUCUCUUCUCCGGAUUACUCUUUCACUUUUUACCGCAUGACAUUGUUACCUGAGCGGACCCCUCCUGCUGCCAUCACCUGACCCCCCUCCCCCUACCCCAGGUGUAUGUGAGGAGAAGAAGAAAUAAAUAAAAAGCAAGAAGGAGCUGUGGAUUUAAAUUACUGAUUGGACUUUUCUGCGCCUUUCCCUUCAGCCAUGCCCCGGUAAAGCUGCCUCCUCUUCCUCAGUCCUGCAGCAGAUCUCCUCUUCCUCCUCCCCUCCUCUCCUCCUCCAUCCCUCCAUCCUCUCCUCUCUCUCUCCACCAUGUUCCCUUCUUCCUCACCUCUCCUCCUCUUCCUCCUCCUCUCCCUCCUCUCCUCCCCCCUCCUCUCGGCCCCGGCUCUUCCCCCUCCUCCCCCCUUGGCGACGGGUCGGGUGGUGUUUCGGCCGUUCGACACCUCCCUCACUCACCUGACGGUCCACCGGAGGACGGGCGAGGUGUUCGUGGGCGCCGUGAACCGCGUGAUGAAGCUGUCGUCCAAUCUGACGGAGAUGAGGAGUCACAUGACCGGCCCGGUGGAGGACAACGCCAAGUGUUAUCCCCCCCCAAGCGUCAGGGCCUGCGCUCACCGACUGGACUCCUCAGAUAACGUGAAUAAACUCUUACUGGUGGAUUACACCGGGAACAGACUGGUGGCGUGCGGCUCCAUCUGGCAGGGCGUCUGUCAGUUCCUCCGACUCGAAGACCUCUUCAAACUCGGAGAGCCUCAUCACCGCAAAGAGCAUUACCUGUCCGGAGCCAGAGAGGCUGAUGGGAUGGCAGGUGUGGUUGUUGGGGAGGACGAUUGGACUGCAGAUCCGAAGAGAAAGAAGCCGAUGAGGGGUGGCAGCCGCCUCUUCAUCGGCGCCGCCAUCGAUGGAAAGUCGGAGUAUUUCCCCACGCUGUCCAGCAGGAAGCUGGUGGCGGACGAGGAGAGCGUCAACAUGUUCUCUCUGGUCUACCAGGACGAGUUUGUCUCUUCUCAGAUCAAGAUCCCGUCCGAUACGCUGUCCUUAUACCCGGCCUUCGACAUCUACUACGUGUACGGAUUCUCCAGUCGCACCUACGUCUACUUCCUGACGCUGCAGCUGGACACGCAGCUCACGCAGAUGGACGCCGGCGGGGAGAAGUUCUUCACCUCUAAGAUCGUGAGGAUGUGUUCCAACGACACAGAGUUCUACUCCUACGUGGAGUUUCCUCUGGGCUGCACUAAAGACGGCGUGGAGUACCGGCUGGUUCAGGCCGCGUACAAACAGAAGCCCGGGCGGAGGCUGGCGCAGGCGCUCGGUCUGACGGAGGACGACGAUGUGCUCUUCGUCGUCUUUUCACAGGGUCAGAAGAACCGCUCGAACCCCCCCAGAGAGACGGUCCUGUGUCUGUUCACGCUCCACGACAUCAACCUCGCCAUGAGGGAGAGGAUCCGCUCCUGUUACCGUGGCGAGGGACGACUCUCGUUACCCUGGUUGCUCAAUAAGGAGCUGCCCUGCAUCCACACGCCGAAGCAGAUCGGGGAUGAUUUCUGCGGCCUGGUGCUGAACCAGCCUCUCGGGGGUCUGCGGGUCAUCGAGGGCAGCCCACUGUACGAGGACCGCACGGAGGGCAUGGGGGCCGUCGCCGCCUACAUCUACGGAGAACACACGGUGGUGUUCGUGGGGACACGCAGCGGGCAGCUCAAGAAGAUUCGCGUGGAUGGCAUCACACCGCCUUCCCAGAAUGCUUUGCUGUACGAGACAGUGACGGUGGUGGAAGGGAAGCCGAUCCUCAGAGACAUGGUGUUCAGUCCGGACCAUCAGUACAUCUACCUGCUGAGCGACAGACAGGUGACCCGGCUCCCGGUGGAGAGCUGUGAUCAGUACAGCAGCUGUGCCACCUGCCUGGGCUCCGGAGACCCUCACUGCGGCUGGUGUGUGCUCUACAGCAAGUGUUCCAGACAGGAAGCGUGUGAUAGGUGGGAGGAGCCUCAGCACUUCAACACCCGAUUUGACCAAUGUGUGGAAAUCACGGUUACCCCGAGCAACAUGUCCGUCACCUCCCCGGCAACACAGUUAGCCAUCAGAGUGCAGAACGUCCCGGUGCUGUCGGGGGUCUCCUGUGUGUUUAAGGAUCUGAGUGAAACCCCCGGAGAGGUGCAGGGUAAAGGUCAGGUGAUGUGUUUGUCCCCGUCACUCAGAGACCUGCCCGCACACACACACUCCUACGGAGAGAAGCGGGUGGUGCAGCUCAGUCUUCGCUCCACAGAAACUGGACUUGAGUUCAUCACCACCAACUUCAUCUACUACAACUGCUCUGUGCUCAACUCAUGCACUUCCUGUGUCAGCAGUGAGUUUCCGUGCCAUUGGUGUAAAUAUCGUCACAUCUGCACCAACAACCUGCAAGACUGUUCCUUCCAGGAGGGACGGGUCAGCAGCAUGGAGGGCUGCCCUCAGAUUCUCCCGACCUCUGACAUCCUGGUCCCGGCCGGGAUGAUUCGACCAAUCACGUUGCGAGCUCGUAACCUUCCUCAGCCCCAGUCGGGUCAGAAGAACUACGAGUGUGUGUUCAGCAUCCAGGGGAAAACACAGCGCAUCCCCGCAGUCCGCUUCAACUCCUCCUGCAUCCAGUGCCAGAACACCUCGUAUUGGUAUGAAGGCGACGAGUCCGGGGACCUGCCGGUGGAUUUCUCCAUCGUCUGGGACGGAGACUUCUUCAUCGAUAAGCCUGUGUCUAUGAAAGCGCUGCUGUAUAAGUGUGAGGCCCAGCGCUCCAGCUGUGGUCAGUGUCUGAAGGCCCCGCCCUCCUUUGAGUGUGGCUGGUGCACGGAUAGCAGGAAGUGCCUCCUCCGGCAGCAUUGCCCCGCCUCCGAGCAGAACUGGAUGCACCACGGCCGACACAACCUGCGCUGCAGCCACCCGCGCAUCACCAAGAUCGACCCUCUGACGGGGCCUCGGGAGGGGGGCACGCGGGUCACCAUCGAGGGCGAGAACCUGGGUCUGCAGGUGAAGGAGAUCGCUCACGUCCAGGUGGCCGGAGUCCGCUGCAACCCCGUGGCCUCGCAGUACAUCAGCGCAGAGAGGAUUGUGUGUGAUAUGGCUGAAGCUCUCCUCCCUCACUCCCCUGGAGGUCCGGUGGAGCUCUGCAUCGGGGUCUGCAGCGCCGAGUACAGAACCCUCUCCACCCAGACAUACUCCUUCGUGAGCCCCAGUUUCACUCGGCUGCGCCCAGAGAAAGGACCUGUUUCUGGGGGAACCCGUCUGACGGUGACGGGUCGACACGUGGACGCCGGCAGCUCCGUCACCGUUUUCAUCGACAAGGAGGAGUGUCUGUUCGUCAAGCGGACCAAUCGGGAAAUCAUCUGCAUAACUCCCGCCUCCCUGCUGGGCUCUGGCCCCGCCCCCAUCCGGCUGAUGAUUGACAGGGCCGAGGUGACGAGCUCUGAGAUAAAAUACGUCUACACCGAGGACCCGACCGUCAGCGGCAUCGAGCCCAACUGGAGCAUCCUCAAUGGCAGUACAGUGAUAACAGUGACAGGAACCAACCUGAGGACCAUCCAGGAGCCCAAAGUCAGAGCCAAGUACGGAGGAGUGGAAACCAACAACUUCUGUACCGUAGUGAACGACAGCACCAUGACGUGUUUGGCUCCUGGUCUGAUCUACGGGAAACCAAACCCACCAGAGGGGCCGCUGCGGCCAGACGAGUUCGGAUUCAUCUUCGACCAGGUCUCCGCUCUGCUCGUCCUGAACUCCACGCCCUUCACUCACUACCCCAACCCGACCUUUGACCCCCUGGGGACCUCUGGGAUCCUGGAGGUCAAACCGGGGUCACCCAUCAUCCUCAAGGGUAAGAACCUGAUCCCUCCGGCCCCCGGGAACAACCGUCUGAAUUACACGGUUCUGAUUGGAGAGACUCCCUGUCUGCUGACGGUGUCCGAGAACCAGCUGCUCUGUGAUUCGCCGGAUCUCACCGGAGAACAGCGAGUCCUGAUCCUGGUGGGGGGUCUGGAGUAUUUCCCCGGUACGCUCCAUAUCUACUCUGACAGCGCCCUCACGCUGCCGGCCAUCAUCGGCAUCGGGGCGGGGGGUGGCGUGCUGCUCAUCGCCAUCAUCGCCGUGCUCAUCGCCUACAAGAGGAAGACCAGAGACGCCGACCGCACGCUCAAACGCCUCCAGCUGCAGAUGGACAACCUGGAGAGCCGCGUGGCGCUGGAGUGCAAGGAGGCGUUUGCAGAGCUGCAGACGGACAUCCAGGAGCUGACCAACGACAUGGACGGAGUGAAGAUCCCCUUCCUGGAGUACAGGAACUACACCAUGAGAGUGAUGUUCCCCGGCAUCGAGGAGCACCCCGUCCUCAAGGAGCUCGAUUCCCCUGCUAACGUGGAGAAGGCGCUGCGUCUCUUCAGUCAGCUGCUGAACAACAAGAUGUUCCUGCUGACCUUCAUCCACACUCUGGAGGAUCAGAGGUCGUUCUCCAUGAGGGACCGCGGGAACGUCGCCUCGCUGCUCAUGGCCGCGCUGCAGGGUCGUAUGGAGUAUGCGACGAUGGUUUUGAAGCAGCUGCUGGCCGACCUGAUCGAGAAGAACCUGGAGAACAAGAACCAUCCCAAACUGCUGCUCAGGAGGACGGAGUCAGUGGCUGAGAAGAUGCUGACCAACUGGUUCACCUUCCUGCUGCACCGCUUCCUCAAGGAGUGUGCAGGGGAGCCUCUCUUCAUGUUGUACUGCGCCAUAAAGCAGCAGAUGGAGAAAGGUCCGAUCGACGCCAUCACAGGAGAGGCUCGCUACUCUCUGAGUGAAGACAAACUGAUCAGACAGCAGAUCGACUACAAACAACUGACUCUGAUGUGCAUCCCUCCGGAGGGCGAGGCGGGGACCGAGGUGCCGGUGAAGGUGUUGAACUGCGACACGGUGACGCAGGUCAAAGACAAGCUGCUGGACGCCGUGUACAAAGGGGUUUCGUUCUCUCAGAGACCGCAGGCCGACGACAUGGACCUCGAGUGGCGUCAGGGCCGGCUGACCAGGAUCAUCCUGCAGGACGAAGACGUGACCACCAAGAUCGAGAGCGACUGGAAGAGGCUGAACACACUGGCACACUACCAGGUUACAGACGGCUCCCUGGUGGCGCUGGUCCAGAAGCAGGUUUCUGCGUACAACAUCGCCAACUCCUUCACCUUCACCAGAUCCCUGAGCAGAUAUGAGUCGUUACUUCGAACAUCCAGCAGUCCUGACAGUCUGAGAUCCAGAGCGCCGAUGAUCACCCCGGACCAGGAGACAGGGACUAAACUGUGGCACCUGGUGAAGAAUCACGAGCACAGCGAUCAGAGAGAAGGAGACCGAGGCAGCAAGAUGGUUUCUGAGAUCUACCUGACCAGACUGCUGGCUACCAAGGGGACACUGCAGAAGUUUGUGGACGACCUGUUUGAGACGGUGUUCAGCACCGCCCACCGGGGAUCUGCUCUCCCAUUGGCUAUCAAAUACAUGUUCGACUUCCUGGACGAGCAGGCGGACAAACGACAGAUCACCGACCCGGACGUCCGACACACCUGGAAGAGCAACUGCCUUCCUCUCAGGUUCUGGGUGAACGUGAUAAAGAACCCUCAGUUUGUGUUCGACAUCCAUAAGAGCAGCAUCACGGACGCCUGUCUGUCGGUCGUCGCUCAGACCUUCAUGGACUCCUGCUCGACGUCCGAACACCGGCUCGGAAAAGACUCUCCAUCCAACAAGCUGCUUUACGCUAAAGACAUCCCCAACUACAAGAGCUGGGUGGAGAGGUACUACAGGGAUAUUGCGAAGAUGCCCAGCAUCAGUGAUCAGGACAUGGACGCCUACCUGGUGGAGCAGUCCCGUCUGCACGGCACCGAGUUCAACACACUGAGCGCACUCAGUGAGCUCUACUUCUACAUCAACAAGUACAAGGAAGAGAUCCUGACAGCGUUGGAUCGGGACGGGUACUGUCGCAAACACAAACUGAGGCACAAACUGGAGCAAGCCAUCAACCUGAUGUCUGGGAGCAGCUGAGAGGAGAGAAUGGACUGAAGGACUGAUGGAAGGAUUGGGGGGUGGGGAAGAAGAAUGGAGGAGGGAGAAGUGAAGACAUUUUGUUUUUCUGAACUGUCUAAACAGUCAGCUGAACUGCUCAGUGUCGGACCGAACUGACAGCCACAGCUUCGGCCCUUGAGCAAUCAAUCCAUCAGCAAUUUAUUUCUCGAUUGAUUGAUUGAUUGAUUGAUUGAUUUGAAGACUGAUUACCUGGAUGGCUGGGACCCCAACUAUCUCCGUUUGGUGGGUUUUGGGGUUGAAAAAUCAGUUUCCAAACCGAUUUGGAUACAUUUACAACGUGACUUCAACAUGGAAUGGAGUCAUUUUGGGUAAAAAAUGAUGCAAGAUGCAUCUGUCGGUUUGGAUUUUCGAUUUAAAUUCACUGCAGGUUGUAAGCAGGGAUCAAAGCAAAAGGGGCCUGGCUGUGGAAAGACAUGGAAACUAAGCUAAAGACUAAGUUAGGUUUCACCAAACAACGGAUGUGACAUGAGGACUUAUCGACCUGACAUCAGGAUUCCCAGCCUGGUUGGGAAAAUUCUAGAUGCUAAGUUGAAAAGCAAUAGGUCUAGUCAAGUUUCUGGACUUCACCUUCAAAGCUUGUUCUGGUCCAAAGGAUCAGGAAACUAGGCUGAUGGUCAAGGGGUCAUGGUAAAAUCGCAAAAGCCUCAUCGUAGUCCAGACGAAUCUGGGCUAAAUGUCAAAAGGUCAAGUCAAGGCUCACCGCAGAAGUCCGAAGCCUCGUUACUGAUGUCGUGAACCUUAGCCUUGAAUGGUAGGAAUCUGAUUCACUUUAAGAAGUUCAGGUCAACCUUCAAGGAAGGAAUCGUCAAAGUCAAACUUGUUGUUUCAAGCUUUAACGAAGGGGAAGGAAGCAAAUAAACGGAUGUCCCUAUAACUGAUAACUUGAGUUUACCUUGGAAAAACUGCGUAGUCUCCAAAGAUGUGAAUUCACGGUGCAAAAUAACAGGAAUUCAUCUUUGGAGAUAAGGAACCAAUGAGCCGGGACACUUUGACUUGACCUUGGACUGUUCGGCCAAGCCUCGCCAGGAUCUAGGAGUUUCGAAGUUGCUGUAUAACCACUCAAUGUUUUCUCUGGACAAUCACUCUUUACCACAGCACACUGAGCCCAAUGCCUACUGACCGCCAGUACCUGUGUCCAUAAUCCCGUCCCUUUCCUUUUCCUUUCCUUCAUCCUCAACUCUUAGUACUUUACCCUUUCCUUCGUUUUGUCUUCUUCUCUAUCUUCCCUUCUCCCUCCAUUCUGACUAGUUCCCUCUUUCACCCCACUUUUUAAUUUCUCUUCCCCCUUCCAACCCCUCUCCGUCAUUGGUCAGUGAUGCUGGCCUCUGGUCAUCCUAUUGGCCAGGAAGACUCUUUAGUAAUGUACUGCCCGACCAAUCAAGACUGUGGAAUUCGCCAGAAUCAUGAAAAGUGAAUAUAUAAGAAAUUAAUCCAGAAUUACGUUUUGAAUACAUUCCAGCACAGGCACACAGGCAAGGUCUGUAAAUAAGCAGGUUGACUCGCUAAUUCUUCGCUAAAACAGAAGAACUUCUGACUGACCGACAUUUUUUCAGGACCAGAACAACCUGGAUAUUUGGGUUCUGGAUUCAGCACCAGUCGGUACACUUUGACGCUGGUUGGUGCAGAACGCUUUAUUGUCGGACCUUGCACAUACACCCACAUACAGCCAUGCUUUACAGCGCCAUGCUAACCGUGCCCAGGGGGAAAUACUGUGCAGAGCUACAAGCCCAGUGCCAUGUAAAGACCGGACCGGAUCACGUCAGAACUGGACCGGACUUGGACCAAACCCGGAUCAAAAACAACCUGGAAUGGAGUUUUAACCCGGACCGUAACUCAAGAACUUUUAAGACUUGUGGCCAUAAUUGUAAACAAACAAAAAAAAAA